GCAUUGCUUUCAUUACCCACACACAUCACACCCUCAUUUCUCUUUUCCCAUACCUUCUUCCUUCUCCACACUCAAUUACUAAUACUAGUACUCCUCAACCUACCAUAACUCUAAUUAUUAUCCUAUUCCUAUCAUCAUUCCUCCUUUCAAUUUCCAAACUUUCUUGCACGUCUCACUUUAACAACAACAACAACAACAAAAUUCUUUCAUUCUGAUUCCCCAAUAUGCUCUCUGUCUCCAUACAAUCUCUUAACCAAACACAACAUUAACAACCAACAACAAACGUUAAGCAGAGCCUUCAAAACUGGAUUCUAUGUUGGAUGCAGUUCUUCUUGCGCUAUUCUUGCCGUGUCUCGGCAUGAGCGCCAUCUUCAUAGUCUACAUCUGUCUUCUCUGGUACGCUACUACUCACCCAACUACCGGAAUCAUUAUCAAACCGGUCACCAACACCGGUCUUUCCCCUUCUGAACUCCAGAAGCUACCUACUAUCACCGGUAAAGAUCUUGUUGUUGGUCCAGAAUGCGCCGUUUGUCUCGACGACAUAAGCGAGGAACAAUCCGCACGUGUGAUUCCAGGUUGUAAUCAUGCUUUUCAUUUGGAAUGUGCUGACACGUGGCUUUCCAAACAUCCUCUGUGUCCUGUUUGUAGAGCCAAACUCGAUCCUAAACUCUUUACCGAUUCUUCUCAAAAUCCUUGUUAAUCAAUUCAAUUGUUACUAUCUUGUUUAUUAAUUUCAGUGGAUCAUCAUCGAUUCGAUUAA